AUGUCUGUCGCAGAGGAAGAACAAACCCUUGUUGCGGAAGCUGAAGCUGAAGCAUCUCCGCCGCCAGCUGCCGCCACUGCUGAACAGACAGUUUCUGUUCCAGUCUCCUCUUCUGAUGCCCUCACAAUGUUCUUUCAGGCAGAAGGAUCAAUGAUUGAUGCUGCUAUUCCCAUAGUGACCAAAGCUUUGGAGGAAUUAGAAGGCAUUUCAUUUCUCAAAGUACAAGUUCGCGAGGGCAUUGCCAGUGUGAAGUUAAGAAAGCAAACAACCGUACAAGCUACUGGGGUGGCUUCAAGUUUGGUCGAAAUUAUACAAGGGUCAGGCUUCAAGUUACAAACAUUGAAUUUGAGCUUCCAAGACGAAGAAGAUAUGAGUUAG